AUGGCGGCCAUCGUUCAGUUCAUCAAAGAUCUGAAAAUCACGGUGGAACCCAUCAUGUUCCUAUUAGCCGCUGCUAACUCUUUCAGACAAAUAGUGAUUCCCAAGUUAGCAGAAGACAAAAUGAAGUUGGUGUAUCCCCCACCUAUGGCUAACAUGACCCAUGACCAACUGAAGAAGUUUUACAAUACAAAAAUGGUUGAAUGGGAUAAUAACUAUCAAUAUGUUAACUUACCUAUUGCUUGUAUAUUGGGUAUCAUGUAUGGUGGUUUUAGUGAUCACUACGGGAGAAAGUUACCACUCCUGAUCGGGUUGAACAGUUUAAUAGUAGAAACAGCACUGCGGAUGCUCAUGUAUUCUCCUGAAACCAACUGGUCGUUAGAAUGGAUUUUCCCAACUGCUGUUAUUGCAGGUCUUCUCGGCGAUCAGUUAUUGACCAUGAGUUGCAUUAAUGCAUAUGUGACAGACACAUUCGAUAAUAAAAAAACGUUGUCCAUCCGGAUGAUUAUUGUUUCCAUAAUGUUCAGUUUGGGAUCGUUUGUGUCCUCUCGUACUGUACGAGCUAUUCUUCAACAUGACCUACUCUCUGAAAUUGGGAUUCUUGGAAUCGCUGAAGGAAUGUAUGCCUUGACAUUUAUAAUUGGAAUCAUAAUUCUGACGAACGUUGUUCCGAAGAAGAAGCAUGCCGUGCCAAGAGAGGAGCAGAUAGUUGCCACAGCAGAUGAAGAGAGUCCAAUAGUUGCUGUAGAUUUGCCUGAGAAAAAGACGCUCCUUCAAAUCAUUUAUUUAUCUUUUUAUUCUAUUUAUGAAGCGGGUCACAUUUUUAUCAUUCCCAGAGAGGGGCACAAGCGAUUAUUCUUAUAUUUAUGCUUCUUCGCCAAUUUCCUGGAUCAGCUUGUGUUUGGAGAAGAGAAAGGUUUAAUCGGUACUUAUACACGUCUCGCACCCUUCGAAUGGACUUCAUCCACUUAUGCUGACUACAAAUCAUGGCGGCCAAUAGUUCAAAUCUUGGGAAUGCUGGUUGGUAUGCUCGUAUUCAAGAACUGGUUGAAGUUGAAAGAUACAAUGGUCAUAUGUUUCGCUAUAAGUAGUAUGGGAGCUUGUGUUCUCAUGAUCGGAUUGGCUAAAGCGACCUGGGUUAUUUUCGCUAGUUUGCUGCCUGGAAGUUUGCAUGGUCUUCUUAACCCACUCACGUAUUCGUUUAUGUCUUGCCUGGUAGAACCAGAUGAAAUUGGCAAAGCUUAUGCCAUGAGUACGAUCGCUCAAAAACUGGCAGAGAUGGCUCAAACAGCCAUAUUACAGAAUAUUUAUAUUGCAACAUUGAAUUGGUAUCAGGGUUUUGUUUGGAUUCUUAUGUCCGCGAUUUCAUUUGUGGCCGUAUUGGUUUAUGCCUUUGUGCAUGUUCUUGCUAUAUCAGAAGAUAUUGGAGCAUAA